AUGGACAUGCUUGGUCCCAGCCUGUGGGAUGUGUGGAAUUCCUCAAGCCAGGCGAUGUCUGCAGAAAUGGUUUCCUGCAUUGCAGUGGAGUCCCUGUCAAUAUUGGAGAAGAUGCACUCUAGAGGCUAUGUGCAUGGUGAUGUAAAACCGGAGAACUUCUUACUAGGUCAGCCGUCUACGCCACAAGAAAAGAAAUUGUAUCUCGUAGACCUUGGAUUAGCUACAAAGUGGAGAGACACCUCCAGUGGGCAGCAUGUUGAAUAUGAUCAACGUCCUGAUAUGUUUAGAGGGACUGUGCGAUAUGCCAGUGUUCAUGCUCAUUUGGGAAGAACUGCUAGUAGAAGGGAUGAUCUUGAAUCUCUUGCAUAUACACUCAUUUUCCUUCAUAAAGGCAGGUUACCUUGGCAAGGUUAUCAGGGUGAUAACAAAUCCUUCCUUGUUUGCAAAAAGAAGAUGGGAACAUCUCCUGAGAUGCUAUGCUGUUUCUGCCCUGCUCCUUUUAGGCAGUUCCUUGAGAUUGUAGUGAACAUGAAAUUUGAUGAGGAACCAAACUAUUCUAAAUUAAUUUCUUUGUUUGAUGGUAUGCUUGGACCAAAUCCUGCAUUGAGGCCAAUAAAUACUGAAGGUGCCCAAAAGGUUGGGCAGAAGAGGGGUAGAUUGAAUAUUGAGGAAGAAGAUGAUUCACAGCCCAAAAAGAAGGUUCGAUUGGGGGUUCCUGCUACACAAUGGAUUUCAGUUUACAAUGCAAGACAGCCAAUGAAGCAAAGGUAUCAUUAUAAUGUAGCGGAUGCAAGAUUAGCACAGCACGUGGAGAGAGGGAUUGCAGAUGGCCUCCUUAUUAGUUGUGUGGCUUCUUGUUCCAAUCUCUGGGCACUUAUUAUGGAUGCUGGAACUGGUUUUUCUAGUCAAGUUUAUAAGUUGUCACCAUUUUUCUUACAUAAGGAAUGGAUCAUGGAGCAGUGGGAAAAAAACUAUUACAUUACUUCUAUUGCAGGAGCUAAUAAUGGGAGCUCUCUUGUUGUGAUGUCAAAAGCUAAUGGAAGAGGGGUGCAAUUGGUGAGAAGCACACACUAUACACAACAAUCAUACAAAGUAAGUGAUUCAUUCCCAUUCAAAUGGAUAAACAAGAAGUGGAGAGAAGGUUUUCAUGUGACCUCAAUGGCCACUGCUGGAAGUCGCUGGGGUGUUGUUAUGUCUAGAAAUUCUGGAUACACUGAUCAGGUUAUUGAACUUGAUUUUCUCUAUCCUAGUGAGGGAAUCCACAGAAGAUGGGACAAUGGUUAUAGGAUUACAGCAACUGCUGCUACAUGGGAUCAAUCUGCUCUGAUACUGAGCAUUCCUAGACGCAGGCCAGCUGAUGAAACCCAGGAAACUCUGCGUACAUCUCAAUUUCCUAGCACACAUGUUAAGGUGUUAAUGGAGAUCAAAACCAAGAAGGGGUGUUCAUGUAGUUGGUGUCCUUCCACAUGA